AUGGAAGAAGAUGGAGAUGAUCAAGCAGAGGAUGAUUCAGAUUCGGAAUCAGGUUCUGAUGACGAUGGCUCUGUCAGUUCCGGUAGUAGCUUUGAUUCUGAUGCCACCUCCGAUUUAGAUGAUUCCGAUUCAUCAGUCAGCUCCACCGAAAGUGGACCCCAGCACGAGCAAAUGGAUGCCGAGAACGAGACCGUAAGCCCAGAUCUGGAGUAUGCAGUUAUUGCACAUCGGAAAAAGGGGUUAUUAUUAUCAAGAUUAUCAGAAGUUUCUGUAAGAGGGACUUUAUCGGUGAUUGAUAUGGCAAGGCGGGGCCUUGGGGUAAACGAUGUAGCCCUCAUUGAACAGGUGAUAUUGGGAAACCCAAGGCUAUCUGUGCUCAAACUGGGGUACAACGAUCUUGGCGAUGUCGGGGCGCACUGUAUUGCAAACGCGCUAUGCAUCGAAGCAGACGGAAAGCUGGAUCAUAGAGCAUUAGCUGUGUUGGAUCUGUGCUUCAAUGGAAUCGGAGACGAUGGCUGUGGUGGAUUAGCUAUGAAGGCCAUCGCAGGUAACUAUCAUUUACGAACGCUGUUCUUGACGGGGAACAAUAUUGGGGAAAAGGGCGCGUUGUCCAUUGCAGGGGCAUUGGUGCAUGGUUGCUAUUUGUCGCGUUUGCAUUUGACGGCGAACAAGAUAGGACCAGAGGGCACAAAAGCCCUUGCAACUGCAGUGGCGGAGGUUGACGCAAGAUUACAAAUGCAAGAAGCCGCUGGAGUGGCCGUACAGAGUCCCUUCUUGCAUCGAAUGGAACACCUCUUUUUGGGAUCUACACGUAUGGAAGCAACUGGGUUCUACACAAUACCGAGCAUGCUUCUAUCCAACGUAUCUCUCAAAGUACUGUGCCUGACAGACAACAACCUCCAGGACAGUGACAUCUCGAUUCUUGCUCAGGCAUUGACACAAAACAAAAAUGUUCCAUUGGAGUCUUUGAUGCUUUCUCACAACCAAAUUACUUGCGCCGGGGUUGAAUCACUGAUGAAUUCAAUUUGGGGAUCACCAACGUUGCGAGAAAUGAAGUUGGACAACAACAAAAUGCAGGACCGUGGAGCCCAACUAUGCGCGGUGGUCCUUGGUUCUGUAUCGUUGGAAAAGCUGGAUAUAAGCUUCAACAGUGUCACUACCGUAGGAGUGCGAGCUCUGAUGAAGAGUCUCUCGGAAGAUACGAACAUGCGUUCCCUCGGUAUAUGCGGGAUUCCAAUCGACCUGAACGCAGCCAAGGCGGUUUCGUUUGCAUUGGCGUAUAACACCGGAUUGGAAAUUGUAUACAUGGACAAUUGCCAGGUCGGAUACUCUGCCCAACGUCAUAUCACUGCGGGAAUUGUGUCCAAUCAAAAGGCCCCUUUACAACAAUUGACAGGGUUUCCUAUGGGUCCUAUCACUGCAACUCUCGGGAUGCCUCAAGUCCCUGAGGACUGGAACAAUGAAAAGGUGCUGGGCUUUGUACGGUUAAUGUGGCGAAACUGGGGUAAGAAAAGAGGACCUGCCGAUCAAGGCGAGGCGGAAGAAGCCAAGGGCCCUGCCCCGCCUGCGGCUGUUGCAGCAGCAGCCAAAAUCGCUCUAGCUUCUCUGGGAAGUGACCCGAGUGCAGAGUUGUAUGUCGAACCACGAAAAAUCGAAACUUACAAUGACGUCGAGAACAGCGAUGUGUCUCCUCUCGUGCCUUCAAAUGCAGCUCUUAUCGAAAGAACCUUUUCUGGGCGGUGCCUCGUCGCUUCGGUAAGCGACACAGAAGGAGGGGAUCAGAAUGGAUUCCUGGAGGCAUGGUCAGAAUCAUCUGCUUUUGGACGACCGGCGAACGUCAGCUACGCUGUUACAGGAGCUUCCUACCAUGACGCUCCACUGGAUAACCCAGAACAGAGAAAUCGCAACCUUCGGUGGCUUCGCACUCAUUUCAGGCCUCUGAUCGACGUUGGGAAACUACCUUUCAACAAUGCUGACAUGUGGCAGUUGCAUCAGUACUACUUCUCCCCACCCUACUACGGAGAUGACGACAACGAUUCGAAAACCCCAGCCGUUGACCAUGACGAGAAGAAAGUUCAUUCUUCUGGAGUCAGAACUCCGCCUGUUGUAGCCCGCAAGAGGUCCACCAAAGAUAGAGCUGCUGCACCCCCAACUACUCCGGUUUCUUCGAGUUCCCAGCAGCAACCGAACAUGGGCAAAGCAAUCUCUUUCCAAGCUCUUAGCAGUGCUGUGGCUGCCGCAGAUUUGACCAACGGUAGCCACAAGCGCAGGGGUGAGGAUGGAAUGGAAGAAGAAACGAAGACUUCCAAGGAGACUGAGCAUCUGAAAGCGAACGAAAAGCAUGAAGCCUCGAAUUGCCUAUUACCCCAGAAUCAGAGCCAAAUUGGAAUCCCUUGGAACAAAACCACUGGAGCAGACAUUAUCAUUGCUUAG